AUGCUUGACGUCGAGGACAACAAGGUUCUCCAUGUUGAAACCGUCCAGAGCAAUGAAACGGGUGGCAGCUACCACAUGGAGUUGGAGGGCCUUAGAAGGUCUCUAGACAUUUUCGAGGCCCACUCUCUCGUAGUGGCAGUGCUUGUGACAGACAGGCACCCCCAGCUGAGUGCUUGCUUGGAAAGGGAUCACCCGGACAUCUGCCACCUCUUUGACUGCUGGCUCGUUACAAAAGCCAUCAAGAAGAAGCUGGUUGCAGCUGGGAAGUCGCGGCAUUCCGAGGACCUCAGCAGCUGGACCAAGUCGGUGGUGAACCACCUGUACUGGUCUGCAGGCUCAAGUGCUAAGGACCAAGACCUGAUCCUGCCCAAGUGGUGCUCCCUGGUGGCUCAUGUGGCAAAUGUCCACACACACCUGGACCCUCUCUUUCCGGAGUGCCAGCACAAAGAGCUCAACAAGAAGUGGCUACUGGAAGGUUCUCCCGCACACCAGAAACUUAAGGAGAUUGUGUUGUCAAAGCACCUUCUGCGGGACAUUCCCAGCCUCUCACCAUCAGCACAAACGUUUGCCACGGAGUGCUUUCAUAGCACUUUGUUGAACUUCGCACGAAAGCUGGUGCACUUUGGGUUCCGGAGCACGACGGCAAGGACCUACCUGGCAGCCUUGCACUACAAUGAAAAUGCAGCGAGGCUUCAGGCGACAACGAAAGAAGACGAAAAAAGAUGGGCGGUGAAGUAUCCGAAAGCAAGGAAGGAGGCCGUUGCUGCUAAGCUCAAGGGACCCUGCACCUAUGAGUAUGUGGGGGAGCUGAUGGAUGCUGUGCUUGACAUCUCCACCGUCAUGCCCUCGUACAAGGCCGCUGCAGCUCACUACUGCCGGGACGCUCCUCCCUUUCUCUCCAGUGCCUAUGAGCGUGCGGACAAACGAGCACUGGCAGAGAACCACUAUUCGAGGUUCAAUUCCUAGGUGGUUGGUGUCGUAGCCGUGGAUGAAAAACCCUUGACUCUCGGUGUGGCUCUGUGUGAUAGGAGAGCCAGGUUUAUGUCCCUCGAGUUCUUCAGGAGUCGUUUCGCUCUCUGGACUG